AUGGCGGCGACAGCAAGCUCCGGCUUGAAAGUCCCGAAGCAGAAAGGGGCGCAGGGGGUUUUGCUCGGCCGAUACGACAUCGGGAAGCUCAUCGGCCAGGGGUCCUUCGCGAAGGUGUACCACGCGCGGAACGUGCGGACGGGGGAGGGCGUGGCCAUCAAGUUGAUUGACAAGGAGAAGAUUCUCAAGGUCGGCCUAACCGCCCACAUCAAGCGCGAGAUCUCAAUCAUGAGGCGCGUGCGCCACCCGAACAUCGUGCAGCUGUUAGAGGUCAUGGCGACCAAGUCCAAAAUCUACUUCGUGAUGGAGUACGUCCGGGGCGGCGAAUUGUUCGGCAAGGUCGCCAAGGGCCGGCUCAAGGAGGAGCUCGCCCGGAAGUACUUCCAGCAGCUGAUCUCCGCCGUGGCCUUCUGCCACGCGCGGGGCGUGUACCACCGCGAUCUGAAGCCGGAGAAUAUCCUCCUCGACGAGGACGGCAACCUCAAGGUCUCCGAUUUUGGGCUGAGCGCCAUAUCGGAGCAGAUCAAGCAAGACGGCCUGUCCCAUACCUUCUGCGGAACACCUGCUUAUGUGGCGCCGGAGGUCCUCUCCAGGAAGGGGUAUGACGCGGCCAAGGUCGACAUCUGGAGCUGCGGGGUCAUUCUCUUUGUCCUCAUGGCGGGCUACCUGCCCUUUCACCACCAGAAUGUCAUGGCCAUGUACAAGAAAAUCAACCGGGGUGAGUUCAGGUGUCCUCGGUGGUUCUCCCAUGACCUCGUCCGCCUACUCACCCGCCUGCUCGACACCAACCCCGACACGCGCAUCACGAUCCCUGAAAUCAUGAGCGACCCCUGGUUCAAAAGGGGUUUCAAGCACGUCAAGUUCUACAUCGAGGACGACAAGUUUUGCAGCUCAGAUGUUUCAGAAAAAGAUGAUAUUUUCUGUUUGUCUGAUCAGACAUGCUCAGAAUCAGAUUCCGAGCUGGAGACAAAAAGGAGGACGGCCAGUCUCCCAAGGCCAGCUAGCUUGAAUGCGUUUGAUAUUAUUUCGUUUUCUCGUGGGUUUGACUUGUCGGGAUUGUUUGAAGAAGGUUCAGAUGGGUGCACGAGGUUUGUUUCGGGGGCGCCUGAGCCUAAGAUAAUCUCCAAGUUGGAGGAGAUUGCGAGGAUUGUGAGUUUUACGGUGAGGAAGAAAGACUUCCGGGUGAGUUUGGAAGGGUCGAGGGAGGGUGUAAAGGGCCCUCUGACUAUUGCGGUUGAGAUAUUCGAGUUGACACCCUCGUUAAGGGUGGUGGAGGUUAGGAUGAAAGGAGGAGAUAGAACGGAGUAUGAGGAGUUCUGUAAUAACGAGUUGAGGCCAGGAUUGCAGACUCUCGCGGUGGGGAAUGGUGCUGCUAAUACUUCAUCAUUGGCUUUGGAUGCCAAGUGCAGAGAGAGGGAGAGCGAAUGA